AUGAACAGGGUGCUUUCAGAUGCAAUUUCCUCCAUAAAGUCUAGGAUUCGUACGUCGACUAGCGACAAAAAGGGAAGCUCUGGAACAAUACUUAUAAUAGGGGGGAGCAGACACUACACAGGUGCGCCUUACUUUGCCUCUCUGGCCGCUUUCUAUUCUGGAUCAGAGCUAGUGUACAUAUUUUCCGAGCCAGAAGCUAUUGCGCCCUUGAAAACACUGCUACCUGAAUCGAUAGUUUGUGGUGUGGAGUGCCAGGAAUGGCUUCUGGACAAGAUCACUGCCUGUGUCAUCGGGCCCGGGCUCGGAAGGCCUUCGGAGGAAACAUGCAGAGAGAUAUCAAGGAUAUUGUCGUAUUUAGACAGAAGGGAUAUUCCAAUAGUUAUAGACGGGGAUGGAAUAAGAUUGAUUCAAAAGUUGGGCAUUGGACGUCUCAAGACCAUUAUCAUCACGCCAAAUGCUAACGAACAAAAGUACAUCGAUAAGUUCGAAAAAAAUUUCUUUUAUGUUCUAAAAGGUUCGAAGGAUGUGGUCCUAUGGAGGGACAGGGAAAUAAGGGUUGAUAAUGAAGGAUGUCCGAAAAGAAUUGGGGGCCAAGGGGAUAUCUUGGCAGGCAUCAUAGCAUCUCUGGUCUCUAAAUGUGAGUCUCCUGUUAUAGGUGACGAAGUCAUUGGGGCAAUAGUCCUCGGAUGCAUGAUGGUUAGAAAGGCAGGGAACCUUGCUUACAGAAGGUACUGGAAGAGCUUGGUGACCAGGGAUAUAUUGGAAAUGAUGAAAGAGGUCUUCCGAGACGAACUCGAGUGA